UCGGCUGCAGCAGGGCGCGGAGCACAGCGCCGAGCAGGGACGCGUCCGAGCACCGGGCACUGACCAGCUUGAGCCAUGGCUUCCGUCCCUGCGGAGGCCGAGACCCGCCAGAGGCUGCUGCGCACCGUGAAGAAAGAGGUGAAGCAGAUCAUGGAGGAGGCCGUCACCCGAAAGUUUGUCCAUGAGGACAGCAGCCACAUCAUCUCCUUCUGUGCGGCCGUGGAGGCCUGCGUGCUGCACGGGCUGCGGCGGAGGGCCGCCGGCUUCCUGCGCAGCAACAAGAUCGCUGCGCUCUUCAUGAAGGUGGGCAAGGGCUUCCCCCCGGCCGAGGAGCUGAGCCGAAAGGUCCAGGAUCUGGAGCAACUCAUUGAGAGCGCGCGAAACCAGAUCCAGGGCCUGCAGGAGAAUGUGCGGAAGCUGCCGAAGCUGCCCAACCUGUCCCCGCUGGCCAUCAAGCACCUGUGGAUCCGCACCGCCCUGUUCGAGAGGGUCCUGGACAAAAUCGUCCACUAUCUGGUGGAAAACAGCAGUAAGUACUACGAGAAGGAGGCGCUCCUGAUGGACCCCGUGGACGGUCCCAUCCUGGCAUCUUUGUUGGUGGGGCCCUGUGCCCUGGAGUAUACCAAGAUGAAGACAGCAGACCACUUCUGGACCGACCCCUCUGCCGAUGAACUGGUCCAGAGACACCGGAUCCACAGCUCACACCUGAGACAGGACUCUCCCACCAAGCGGCCAGCACUCUGUAUCCAGAAGAGGCAUUCGAGUGGCAGCAUGGAUGACCGGCCGUCCAUCUCCGCACGGGACUACGUCGAGUCCCUGCACCAGAACUCCAGGGCCACCCUGCUCUAUGGCAAGAACAAUGUUCUGGUUCAGCCAAGGGAUGACAUGGAGGCUGUGCCAGGGUACCUGUCCCUGCACCAGACAGCUGACGUCAUGACCUUGAAGUGGACACCCAACCAGCUGAUGAACGGAUCUGUGGGGGACCUGGACUACGAGAAGAGCGUCUACUGGGACUACGCCGUGACCAUCCGCCUAGAGGAGAUUGUUUACCUGCACUGUCACCAGCAAGUGGACAGUGGUGGGACCGUUGUGCUGGUGAGCCAGGACGGGAUCCAGCGGCCGCCCUUCCGCUUCCCCAAGGGCGGGCACCUGCUACAGUUCCUCUCCUGCCUGGAGAAUGGGCUGCUUCCUCACGGGCAGCUGGACCCGCCGCUUUGGUCACAGCGAGGAAAGGGGAAGGUAUUUCCCAAGCUGCGCAAGCGGAGCCCUCAGGGGUCCUCGGAGUCCACGUCUUCAGACAAGGAGGACGACGAGGCCACAGAUUAUGUGUUCCGCAUCAUCUACCCUGGCAUGCAGUCCGAACUCGUCGCCCAUGACCUCUUGGGCAGCCCUCGGCCCGUGUCUGUUGGCCCUGCCUGGAUGAUGCUUGCUGCUGGCCAGUCCGUGCUGGUGGUGGCCAGGGGGAUCCACUGGGCACAGACCAGGGGAUACCUCGCCAUCCCCCCACCGAGUAUGAAGGAGCAGCACCCCAUGCCCCAGGACCUAAUGGAUGUCUCCGUGAACAACCUUCCAUCCCUGUGGCAACCCAGUCCUCGGAAGUCGUCCUGCUCUUCCUGUUCCCAGAGCGGCUCAGCUGAUGGCAGCUCAACCAAUGGCUGCAAUCAUGAGAGGGCCCCGCUGAAACUGCUCUGUGAUAACAUGAAGUACCAGAUCCUUUCCAGAGCCUUCUAUGGAUGGCUUGCCUACUGCAGACACCUGUCCACCGUGAGGACCCACCUGUCGGCCCUGGUCAACCACAAGAUCGUGUCUCCAGACCUGCCCUGCGACGCUGGCCAAGGGUUGACAGCCAGCAUCUGGGACCAGUAUAUCCAGGACAGCACGACUUACCCGGAGCAGGAGCUGCUGAGACUCAUCUACUACGGGGGCGUCCAGCCCGAGAUCCGCAGGGCAGUGUGGCCCUUCCUCCUGGGCCACUACCAGUUCGGGAUGACGGAGACGGAGAGGAAGGAGGUGGACGACCACAUCCACGCCUGCUAUGCACAGACCAUGUCGGAGUGGCUGGGCUGUGAGGCUAUCGUAAGACAGAGGGAGAGGGAGUCCCACGCGGCUGCCCUGGCCAAGUGCUCCUCGGGGGCUAGCCUGGACAGCCACCUUCACCGGAUGCUGCACCGGGACUCUACCAUCAGCAACGAGUCCUCCCAGAGCUGCAGCUCAGGCCGCCAGAACCUCCGAUUGCAGAGUGAUUCCAGCAACAGCACACAGGUAUUUGAGUCUGUGGAUGAGGUAGAACAGACAGAGGUAGAAGGCAGGUCCGAGGAGAAACAACCCAAGGUCUCCAAUGGGAACACAGCAAAUGGCACUUGCUCCCCAGACUCCGGCCACCCUUCUUCCCACAACUUCUCCUCCGGCCUUUCGGAGCACUCAGAGCCCAGCCUUAGCACAGAAGACAGUGUCUUGGAUGCCCAGCGCAGCCUCCCUGCUGUGUUUCGACCUGGGGACAGCAGCGUGGAAGAUGGGCAGAGCAGUGAAGCCACCACUUCCCGGGACGAGGCCCCUCGGGAAGAGCUGGCAGUGCAAGAUAGCCUGGAGAGUGACCUUCUCGCCAACGAGAGCAUGGAGGAGUUCAUGUCCAUCCCCGGCAGCCUGGACGUGGCCCUGCCUGAGAAGGAUGGAGCUGUGAUGGAGGGCUGGCCCAGCGAGGCAGGCAAGCACAGUCGGGCCGACAGUGAGGACAACCUGUCUGAGGAGCCCGAGAUGGAGAGCCUCUUCCCUGCCCUGGCUUCACUGGCCGUGACCUCCUCUGCCAACAAUGAGGCAUCACCUGUGUCUUCCAGUGGCGUCACCUACUCUCCAGAGCUGCUGGACCUGUACACAGUGAACCUGCACCGCAUUGAGAAAGACGUGCAGAGGUGCGACCGCAGCUACUGGUACUUCACAGCCGCUAACCUGGAGAAGCUGAGAAACAUUAUGUGCAGCUACAUCUGGCAGCACAUUGAGGUCGGCUACGUCCAGGGCAUGUGCGACCUUCUGGCUCCACUGCUGGUCAUCCUGGAUGAUGAGGCCCUGGCCUUCAGCUGUUUCACGGAGCUCAUGAAAAGGAUGAACCAAAACUUCCCCCAUGGAGGCGCCAUGGACACGCACUUUGCCAACAUGAGGUCACUGAUCCAGAUCUUGGACUCCGAGCUCUUCGAGCUUAUGCAUCAGAAUGGGGACUACACCCACUUCUACUUCUGCUACCGAUGGUUCCUGCUGGAUUUCAAACGAGAGCUGGUCUAUGAUGACGUCUUCUCCGUGUGGGAGACUAUCUGGGCCGCUAAGCACGUGUCUUCCGCCCACUACGUGCUGUUCAUCGCGCUGGCGCUGGUGGAGGUCUACCGAGACAUCAUCCUGGAGAACAACAUGGACUUCACUGACAUCAUCAAGUUCUUCAACGAAAUGGCUGAGCGGCACAGCUCGAAGCAGAUUCUCCAGCUAGCCCGGGACCUUGUGCACAAAGUGCAGAUUCUAAUCGAGAACAAGUGAGGGCUGCAACAGCCGGGCACCCUGCUGUCACCCCCCCCUUCCCUCCUGCAGCCCAGCACCGGAUUCCUGGCGUCUGAGGACCAGCAUGGACUUCAGCGCAGAGGGCCAUGCUCUUGACUUUGGCCGUUGGGGUAGAGAAGAUCCCAUCUCAGCCUUAUGUUCUCCAGUUUGACCAAAGAUUGCCCAAGUCUGGGAUUUUCCCCCUUCUUGGGAGUUGGGGUUGUGAGUGGGUAGAGGUGGCCUCUGGCCCUGUUGUCCUGUCUUUCCUCUGUUCCUUCCUCAUCCAUACAGGAGAGGCCUCUUGGGUUUCCUCUGCACCCAGUAAGGAAGGGUCUUUGGAGGUGUUCCAGAAUGUUCCUGCUGGGCGGGCUUGGAGCAGGGUGUCCCCAAAGGCAUCACUCAUGUUCAAAGUCUCAGGUGUUUUGGGGCAUCAUCCCGGCCUUUGAACCACCAGAUGGCACUUCUACCAUCUCCCAAGAUGACCCAAAUGUCCCCACACAGGGGAUGUGCCCCACCAGAGAACCGCUGGCUUGGAGGAGGGGCUACCAACGUGUCCCUGUCCAUUCUCUUCAUGCUGAGUCACCUGAGGUCUGUCACGCUGCUAUCAGAAGCUUCACAACCCUGCCUGAGUCGGAGAUCUCACUCACCGUGUUUCCUGAAUUUUCUCUGCCUGCUGCUAGGAGACUCCUUUUAGAAAGGCAUCCUGUGAGGGACCUGGGGAUCCAAGAAGCCUUUGUAGGCAGGAGACAGGAACUCCCAAUGAGAGCCCAGCCCUACUGCCCCACCCUUGGGGAGACCUCCUAGCCAUCACUUGUGGGUCUGCCCUGCUCAGCUAGGCUAGACUUUGUUCACUCAGGACAGAGGAGGGACGAGCCAGGGGUUGGCCCAUGGUGGGGUUGAUCUGUGUUCCAUGAUGGUGAGCUUGGGGCCAGGGCUGGGUCUGAGAAUGGUCCCUCUAUACCUUCACACCAAGACCUGCUGAUGCACGCACUGACCCAAAGGAACUUGUGUACCUGAUCACUGCAGAGCAGUCUGGGGUGCAGCAGAAACCGACAUUCACAGCAGAAGCUUGUUCCCCAGGGCCUGCAGCCUCUGGGGCACUCAAAGAAUGGCAAGUGGAAUUUCAUAAAGCAGAGACGUACAUGGCUAGAAGCAUCUGCACGGGGUGCCUUCAGCCUGGAGCCCCCGCUCUGCUGGCUUCUAGUGACCUCCCUCCCUUUGUCACACCUACUGAAGGGAGCCUCUGCCCCAUCCCCCACGAAGGGGGCAGGGCAGACAGAGAGAGCCCUGUAAUCUCCAUGGAAGAUCGAUCCUGCAUCAGGCCGACUUGUGCCCAGGGCAGCAGGAAAGACCAGUCACGUAGAGUCGAGCCUUCCAGCCAGGUACCCCAGCUUCCCAAGAUGGGGGAAGAAAGGCUGUCAGAUGAAAGUUAAUUUGGCUGGCGCCAAGAGUGGUAUUUGAGCACAGCCAGCUCCAGACCUCCUGACUCUUUAUUUAUUUUUGUAACUGACCAGUGUGGAGUACAAGUAUAGCACAAGAUUUCCCUCCGCCUCCCUCUUGCCUCCCGAGUGCGCGUGCUUGUGGUUCUGAGUGCCUAGUAUUUAUUCCAUGUACCAGCCGAUGUCUGUGUGUGGUGUUUCCUCAUGUCCUGGAGUUGGGCAUUGGGGGACGGUGUCCCCCUGCCCGUGGAGUUCUCUUUUUAUUGUUGCCAAGUGUCUUGUAAAAAUGUUCGAUGCAGAGGUGACUAUUCAGAGCAAAUAUAUCUUGAGUGAAAAACAUAA